AUGGCGACUGAGGCAUCAUUUGAAUUGAGGUCCUUAAGACCUAAACAUACUUGUUCUCGAGUAUACAAGAACUCAAUCGUCAAUUCAAGAUGGAUAUCAGAUAAACUAUAUGAUAAGUUUAAAAUUCAGCCGGACAUGCCACUGCGAGUGAUACAAGAUGAAGUCAAGAGGAAAUGGAAUGUUGAAGUAAGUAGGAGUCAAAUGUAUAGAGGUAGGAAGAAGGCAGGGAAGAGGUUGUACAGUUGUUUAGGUGAGCAGUAUGGCAAGCUAUGGGAUUACUGUGAGACUUUAAGGCGUACUAACCCGGGCAGCUGUGUAAUGAUUAAGGUUGAAAAAACAAACCCUAAUUUGCCUACUAAGUUUCAUAGACUCUACAUGUCCCUUGCAGCCAUGAAGAAAUGGUUCUUGGAAGGUUGUAGGCCUGUCAUAGGCCUAGACGGGUGCUUUUUGAAAGGACCCUACAAGGGAAUACUAUUGGUUGUGUUCCUGGAGUGCCUAGUUUCAGAUCUUGGUUCACAUGAGAGGCACACUUUUCCUACAUUCAUUUCUGAUCGGCAAAAGGGUCUUAUUCCAAGUUUUGAUACUGUUAUUCCAAUGGCGGAUCACCGAAUAUGUACAAGGUUGACUGACCCCAGCGGAUGGUCACGAGCAUGGUUCAACGAAUCUCCAAAAUGUGACCUCCUUGCCAACAAUAUCUCCGAAUGCUUCAAUUCAUAUAUCUUGAAGGCUCGUGACAAGCCUAUUCUGACAAUACUUGAGAUGAUUAGGAAGCAGCUCAUGAGAAGAUACCAACUGAAAAUAGAUGGCAUCAGCAAAUUGAAAGGUAAGUUGUGCCCUAGAAUUGUUGAAAAGCUUGAAUCCGUUUGUGAAGCAGCAUCAGACUGCCUUUCCUGUUAUUCUGGCAAUGGUAUGUUUGAAGUGGAGCAAAGAAGUAGGCAAUAUGUUGUUGAUAUUCAGAAUAGGAAAUGUGGCUGCAGGAGGUGGCAAAUGACUGGGAUCCCAUGUACACAUGCACAUUCUGCCAUAACCUAUCAUGGACAUCACCCAGAGGAUUAUAUGGAUUCAUGUUAUAGCAUUGAGACGUACAAAAAGGCCUAUGCUCCACUCAUAUAUCCAAUGCCUAGUGAGGAACAAUGGAUAGGGACUGAGCAUGAUGUUUUGGAUCCGCCAAGAUCAAGAUUGAUGACAGGUAUACCUCGGAAGGUCAGAGUAAGAGGUCCUGAUGAGUCGAGAGUUCCUCAGAAUCCUUAUAGGAUGAGAAAGUUUGGAUUGAAGGGUAAUUGUGGGCUUUGCAAGGAAAGUGACCUUGUUGGACUUAGAUUGCCAAGCUGGAACAGGCAACCGACAGCACCCAGACCACCACCACCACCACCCAUGAGAGAGUCUAGUAGAAUCAAGAACAUGUUUCGGACAGUUCCAAUUAAUCCUCAACCUCCUGUUUUUAUUGACCUGACUGCUAGGUCUAUUGCUGCUAGAGAUACAUGA